AAGCCCUUCUGCUGUGUUUCUGUUACGGUGCUUACUAAUGUAACACCGGUCCUACAUUAAAUCAAGCGCACCUACAGGGUGUCAACAGUGUUGUGCAUGUGGAGCGCGGCCGUAAGGCUGCCUGUUUUACGGCAAUCAAAACCGUGUAGCUAGUCGCUAUAAUCAACCAAGACUAAACCGUUUGCAUUCAGACGAAAAACAGAACUGACUAACAAUGGCUCAUCUAACACAAAACCCCGCUGACAAAGAGAGGUUUAUUUGCGUCUAUCCCAUCUACAUCAACAGUAAGAAGACGCUGGCUGAAGGACGAAGGAUCCCUGCAGAGAAGGCGGUGGAAAAUCCGUCCUGCGCUGAGAUCAGAGACGUGUUGACGGCAGCUGGGAUGAAUGUCUACGUGGAGAACAAAAUGCACCCCAGAGAGUGGAACAGGGAUGUCCAGUUCAGAGGGCGUGUCCGAGUUCAGGUGAAGCAGGCGGACGGCAGCCUUUGUCAGGACAAAUUCGCCUCUCGUAAAGAUGUGAUGUUUUACGUAGCAGAGAUGAUCCCCAAACUAAAGACUCGGACCCAGAAAAGUGGAGGAGGAGACACCAGCUCUCAGCAGGGAGAGGGAGGAAAGAAGAGCAAGAAAAAGAAGAAAUAAAUCCAUAGAUAUUUUCAUUUUAAAUUAAUUUUACGUUUGAGUGUCGGGCAGAAUAAAACCCUCAAUUU